GUGAUGCAUUACGUCAGCGCCAGCCGAGGUUCGAUGUUCCUGGGCUGAAGAAGAGCCCUCGUGCGUCGCUGAGGAGGUUCCGAAGCAGCGACGAUGGCGCCGGGUGGGCAAGCAGCGGGCGGCGGAAGCAGCUCCAGCGCGGUGACGCCCGAGGGGCUGCGGGGCUGGAUCCGGGGCGCCUACCGCUUCGCCACAGACCGCAGUGACUUUCGCAGGAACCUCAUAGUUAACCUGGGUCUCUUUGCAGUGGGAGUUUGGGUAGCUAGAAACUUAACAGACAUCGAUUUGAUGGCACCACAGCCUCCUGCAUAGCAGAAACGAUGUGAAUGAAGUAGAUCUGCAUGAAGUCUGAGUUUCCCUCUUGCUUUGUGACCAAAUGAAUUGAUUCAUCACUGAGUUGAUUAACAUGGGAUGUUAUCUGCAAUGCAGCUUCUAUUGAAGCAAUUGGAGGCAUCAGCAUCGUGAGUGAAGGACUAGAGAAAACACCAAGGCAACAAUUUACCUGUACCUUUUUAUCAUGUUCACUUCAGUCGCUUGGGAGCACUAUUGAGUCCAAUUAAUGUUGUACCUUCUGUUCUAUUUUUGCCAGAAAAUAUAAGUUCUUUUGCAGAUGGAAUCAACUUAUGUACCAAGAGUUUAACAGAUUCUGAAGUGUGAAAUAAAGACAUGCCAAUGCA